AUGUAUCACCUGGGAGAUGAAAAUGAAACCAAGGUUACAGUCCAAACUAGUUCACACGCCUUUUACGUGGACCUCCAGAGACUUUCGGAGUGCAGCGAGUACUUCAGAGCUUUGUCCCAGUCGGGAAUGAAGGAGACCUCAGAGAGCCUCAUUCACCUGGACCUUGUGUCGUCCUCCAUUUUUCACAAUUUCCUUGAGUUCUCCUUUAAUCAGAACUUUAAAGUUCCCAAGGAGGAAUUGGCAACACACAUCAAGGUAAGCAGUUAUCUCCUAGCUGAGGCCUUCCUCUCAAAGUGCCUGUCAGUCCUGACAGAUGAACUGAGUCCAUCUAACUGUUUGUCAUACCUGAGUCUUGCUCAGGAGCUCUUUUGUGUUGAGCUGAAGAUGACCGUACUCACUUAUCUUAGUAGAAACCUGCUGGAGCUGCUACACUUAAUCAGAUGUCUGAAGGAUGAGGAUAAAAAGGAAGUUAUGAACCUGAGGCUACAAGGAGACCAGCAUUUAUGUAGCCUCAGGAAGGAGAAUUUGACUUCAUGGAAGGAUCCAGAAACGGAACGUGCCCGACACAUUUUCACCUUGAAAGGGCCAGAGGACAGUGGAGACUGGCAUCCAAUUACAGAGCUUCCUUUCAGGGCUGAUAAGUGGUGCUUUACUACAGUGGUGCUUUAUAAUUACCUGUAUGUCAUAGGAGGCUACAGGAAACGUAUAAGGAGAGGCUGGGAGUUCUGUAAGGCUUCCUUUAGGUAUAAUCCCUUCACUCGUUCAUGGGUGGCCACAUCACCUCUAAUAAAGCACAGGAGGCACUUCAGUGCGGUGGCCUGUGAAGGCUGCAUUUACACUGUGGGAGGCUGGUACUUGUAUUCUCUGGUGACUCCAGACUCCAGCACAGCUCUUUACACAGCUGUAGAGUGCUAUGAUCCAUGGGAGGACACAUGGAGGUUUGUUUCCUCAUUACCCCUCACUGACUUCCAAUUCACCAUUUCCUUGUCCCACGAUGUCCCCCUGGCAACCAGUCUUGGACACUGUAUAUAUGUGCUGGGUAGCAUCCAAAGGACUGGAGAGAAAUUACUGCUGCAGUACAACACAAAGCAAGACUCAUGGUCUGAAUUGCUUCCCACCCUUACCAGAGCAGAUGUAGACCUCCCUACACUUUACUUUCUGGGGGCGACAGACCAGCUGCUUAUAAUCGGAGGGAACAACUCAGAGAAUGUGGUGACAUCAUUCUGUGUGCAGUCAAAAAAGUGGGGACAGGUGCACAGAGCAGAAAAAGUGGCCUACAGUGGGCAGGGGACACUUGUAGGUGACCAGCUCCUGAUGCCCAGUAUUGAGCACAACACUGUCAUAAGGAUGGAUCUCCAAACUCUCUCCAUUAGAACCCUUCCAGCUCUUCCUGUCUCCACUCGCUAUGAAGCCACAUUUUAUCUUCACUUCUAAUGUUUAUGUUUGCCUCCUUGCACACAUCAUCAGCUUCUUUUUGUGGCUGAAUGUGAUGACAUUUUAAAACUCUUCUCAAACAUAUAGAAAUUAUUUCUUUUGCAGGAUUAUUGUUAUUAUUAUUAUUAUUUUGGGGGGGAUUGGAUCUACUUGUUUACAUCUGUCCCUUUUUUUGUCUUAUUUACAUUUAUAAUCAAAUUUAGAACACGUUAAAUAGCUAAAAAAUAGUUCACAACUUGUUAUGAACUUAAUGUCUAGCAUUGGUCCCAACAGACAAUGUUAAAUGUUAAAGAAGAUGUUAUGAUGGUGAAGAUGGAUUCAUUGAAACGCCUGAGAAUGAUUGGGGGAGCUGAAUUUAUAGUUUCCUAAGAAAAAGGGGGUGUUACAGACAUUCGUCAGUUAUUUCACUUUUAGGUAAGAUUAUAUUGAGAUGUGUAUGCCUCCAUGGUUUUACAACCUGA